AAAGCCAUAUCACACACUCGAUGCUUUCCUAUGCCCCCUAUUUUUUUCUCCUCUUCAGUCUUUCCAGACAGGGCUCGAAUAAACAAAGCAAAGGCAGAAACUCACCUUUAGGGUUUUGUUGACUGCUCAGAAAGAGGGAGGAGAAUCGAAUAAACAAAGCGAAAUGGCCUCGUUGUCAGAGAGCGGAGGAGAAUCGAAGCUUCGAUUUAGGGUUUGGGUUGGCUGCUCAGAAAGGGGGAAGUCAAGCGCGCGCGAUGGAGAAGAAAAUGGGAAGAGAGUUUGAACUGGGUAUUGAGAAAGGAGUCAAGGCAAGUGCGUGGCGGACUCCAUUCCUCCUUCGUCGCCGGCGAAUUCGCGAUCAGAGUUGGAGAGGAAGAAAAACGGAAGGGAGGAAGGCGGCGCGGGAUGGAGGCGGAUGGAUUUGUCUUCGAUUAGGGUUUUAGUCAAAGGUGGGUAGAUUACUUGGUGGGUCGGGUCAGUUCUGUUUUAGUUAGCGGGUCUGGUCUGGUUUGGUUAUAGGUUUAGUUAGGUUUAGCUGACAUGGAGUGUUUAAAUGACGUGGCGGGUCGGGUUAGUCAAUUUUGGGGUUAAAAAGUGAUGAUUAGGCAAAUCUGUCAGCCACGUCAUCACUUAACGGACGCCGUUAACGGCGUUGGACGACAGCUAACGGAGAGUGACCAUAAAUGAGCGGUUUUUGUAAAGUUAGUGACAAAAAUGGAUUUAAAUAUUUAGAGUGACCAAACAUGAACGCUUUUUGUAAUCUCAGUGACCAACUAUGUAAUUAACCCGAUAAAUUUUUUUUUGAUUGCUUUCAUAGCUCAGUUGGUUAGAGCACCCGUUUAGUAAGUGGGAGGUCUUGAGUUCGACUCUCAAUGAAAGCAUUUAUUUUCUUUAAAAAUUUUCUCGUUCGCGCUACGACGUCGUAUGUAGAAGGGCCCGGAAAAGGAAGAAUCUCCCCAAUUGUUCUACAGCAUUCUCCUUUCCUCUUCCUCAAGCUUCCCGAGAAACCUUUUUUUCUCGCCUGUAAUUGUAAUCCCAGUACCUAAUGAAAAACCAGAACCAACACAUCCGAUUCUGAACUGAAGUCCCCAUUCUCCUUCCUCGUUGUUGAUCAAUAGCGGAAUGGCCGCCUCCAGGAGACUCACCAAAUCGGCUCUGGCAGCCAUUAGAGCAUCUCCCAGACUCUACUAUCACUCUUCUUCUUACUCUCGCUCGCCCCUCUCCCGAAUUCGCCCCGUCUCCUCCGCUGCGUGUCUGCUCGGUAAUCCCAGCGCCGCCUUGUUUCUGACUCGGCUGUUUCCCGAGAAUGGCGUCAUGCUUCACUCCUCCAUGCACUUGUCCGCUCGCGGUAUUCACUCUUCGCCUCCUCGCUUCUCCGCCGGAGCUAGUUCUUCGCAGGUAAAUCAGACUGAGUUCACCGAGAUGGCAUGGGAGGGAAUUAUCGCUGCUGUCGAUGCAGCGCGAAGUAGCCAGCAACAAGUGGUGGAAACUGAGCAUUUGAUGAAAGCCCUAUUGGAGCAAAGGGAUGGGUUAGCUAGGAGAAUAUUCACCAAGGCUGGGCUUGACAACUCAUCAGUUCUGCAAGCUACCAAUGACUUCAUAGCUCAUCAACCAAAGGUAAUGGGUGAUACAAGUGGCCCUGUAGUGGGCCAGAAUCUUGCUUCACUGCUCGAUCUUGCUCGGAAAAACAAGAAAGAUAUGGGGGAUGACUUUGUAUCGGUGGAGCAUUUUGUUUUAUCGUUUCCUUCGGACAAACGUUUUGGGCAACAAUUGUUCCGGAAUCUUCAGCUCAGUGAGAAGGACUUGAAGGAUGCCAUUCAAGCUGUUCGAGGGAAUCAGAGAGUAACGGAUCAAAACCCUGAAGGGAAGUACGAGGCACUGGAAAAGUAUGGGAAUGAUCUGACUGAACUUGCUAGGCGCGGGAAGCUUGAUCCUGUUAUCGGUCGAGAUGAUGAAAUUCGGAGAUGCAUUCAGAUUUUAUCGAGGAGAACAAAGAACAAUCCUGUCAUUAUUGGUGAACCUGGUGUGGGAAAAACUGCAAUUGCUGAAGGUCUGGCCCAAAGGAUAGUGCGUGGCGAUGUGCCUGAACCACUAAUGAACAGGAAGCUAAUAUCAUUGGAUAUGGGUUCACUGGUAGCCGGUGCCAAGUUUAGAGGAGAUUUUGAAGAAAGGUUGAAAGCUGUUCUGAAGGAAGUUACUUCGUCAAAUGGACAGAUCAUUCUAUUCAUUGAUGAGAUCCAUACAGUGGUUGGUGCUGGCGCUACCUCUGGAGCCAUGGAUGCUGGAAACUUAUUGAAGCCGAUGCUCGGACGAGGUGAGCUCAGAUGUAUAGGAGCAACUACAUUGAAUGAGUACAGGAAGUACAUUGAGAAGGAUCCUGCACUGGAACGUAGAUUUCAGCAGGUAUUUUGUCUUCAGCCGUCCGUUGAAGAUGCAAUAUCAAUUCUACGUGGGUUGCGUGAGCGCUAUGAGCUGCACCACGGUGUGAAGAUUUCAGAUAGUGCACUUGUGUCAGCUGCAGUUCUAGCUGACAGAUAUAUUACCGAGCGUUUUCUGCCAGACAAAGCCAUCGACCUCGUUGAUGAGGCAGCUGCAAAGCUGAAAAUGGAGAUAACUUCUAAGCCUACAGAGUUGGAUGAGGUGGACCGAGCUGUGCUGAAGCUGGAGAUGGAGAAGCUAUCUGUGAAAAACGACACUGAUAAAGCAUCCAAAGAAAGACUAAACAAGCUCGAGAAUGAUCUCAAAACACUGAAACAAAAGCAGAAAGAACUUAAUGAACAAUGGGACAGUGAGAAAGCUCUCAUGAACAAAAUUCGGUCAGUCAAAGAAGAGAUUGAUAGGGUCAACCUGGAAAUGGAAGCUGCCGAACGUGACUAUGACCUAAAUCGCGCUGCAGAACUCAAGUACGGAACACUGAUGUCCCUUCAACGCCAGCUCGAGGAAGCUGAGAAAAACCUGGCCGACUUCAGGAAGUCCGGAAGCUCUCUGCUUCGUGAAGAGGUUACCGAUAUUGAUAUUGCGGAGAUUGUAAGCAAAUGGACUGGAAUACCCCUAUCAAACCUCCAACAAUCCGAAAGAGAGAAGUUGGUCUGCCUAGAAGAGGUACUUCACAAGAGGGUGAUCGGUCAGGACAUGGCGGUGAAAUCAGUAGCUGAUGCAAUAAGACGAUCUAGGGCCGGUUUAUCGGAUCCAAAUCGGCCCAUUGCCAGCUUCAUGUUCAUGGGACCUACUGGGGUUGGCAAAACCGAGCUUGCGAAAGCCCUUGCUGGCUACCUCUUCAACACAGAGAAUGCGCUCGUGAGAAUUGAUAUGUCUGAGUACAUGGAGAAGCAUGCUGUGUCACGAUUGGUCGGGGCGCCACCUGGUUAUGUCGGUUAUGAAGAGGGCGGCCAGCUUACUGAAGUUGUUCGUCGGAGGCCGUAUUCAGUGGUGCUCUUCGACGAAAUCGAGAAGGCUCACCAUGAUGUGUUCAACAUCUUGUUGCAGUUGUUGGAUGACGGAAGGAUAACAGAUUCUCAAGGAAGGACCGUUAGUUUCACCAACUGCGUCGUGAUCAUGACUUCGAACCUUGGUUCUCACUUAAUACUCGACACUCUUCGCAAUACAAGAGAUGGCAAAGAUGUAAUCUACGAUAUCAUGAAGCAGCAAGUCGUGGAGCUCGCGAGGCAGACCUUCCGUCCGGAGUUUAUGAACAGGAUCGAUGAGUAUAUCGUCUUCCAACCUCUAGACUCCACAGAGAUCAGUAAAAUCGUCGAGAUACAGCUGAACCGGGUGAGAGAUAGGUUGAAGCAGAGGAAGAUAGAAGUUCAGUACACGAAGGAAGCUGUCGAUCUCUUGGCGACAUUGGGAUUCGAUCCCAACUUUGGGGCGAGACCAGUUAAGCGGGUGAUACAGCAGCUGGUCGAGAAUGAAAUUGCAAUGGGGGUAUUGAGAGGGGACUUCAAAGAGGAAGAUGCUGUCAUUGUCGACUCGGAUCCUUCUUCCGAUCUCCCGCCGCAGAAGAAGCUGAUUGUAAGGAAAGUGGAGAGCAGCCCGCAAAUGGAAGUCCUGGUAGCCAAUGACUAGUUUAGUUAUGUUCUCCCUGCUAGUGAAUCUUGUAUAUUAUCAUAAUCGCCAUAAGUGUAAAAGACCCACUUCAUCUUCUGGUUGUGGAAACAAUUGUACGAUAACGUUGUCUAAAAAAUAAACUACAAAUUGAUCGAACUCGAUAAAGGAGAAUCGUUACAGAAGCCAAACAAGUGAAAUCAUAAACUCUCUUGCUUUCGUAUCAAUUGGAGCAUCACAAAGCAAGGUUUCAACUUUCAGGUCGCCCUCUAAAUACAAGGGCAUGAAUAAUGAACAUGCUCUCCUAGAGAUCGUUUGGAAACGACUCAUUACGUUAAAUCUCAUUAUAUUGAUUCGUCUUGAAAUCGAGACGCCCAAAAUUGAACAAUAUAAGGAGAGUCGAAGGCAAGAUAAUAGACCUUGUCAGGGAGAGACGGAGGUUAUUCUACUUCGCUUCAUGCAAGCUUGUCGGUUCGGUUUUGAUUUAUAUGUUUAAAUUAAAAUCGAUUUGUUAGGAAUACUUUUGGUUUUGGGUUUGGGGUUUCAAACCGGCUGGUCAGGGAGAGACGAAGAUCAUUCUACUCUGCUUCAUGCUAGCAUGUCGAUUUGGGUUUGGAUUUUUGGUUUAAACCAAAACUUACUCGUUAAGAACACUUUUGGUUUCGGGUUUGCGAUUUCAAACCGACUGCAUAUUAGCUGUUUCAGUUUUGAUUUAACCCAAGAAACCAAUAAGAACCCGAAACCCAUUGGCCUCAAAGAAACUGUGUUUGGUUUUCCUAAAACGAUUUGAUUCUGUUUCGGUUUAUUCUAACCAAAAUCGAUAAGAUUUUGGGAUCAAUUUUUAAAGGCUAACAUUUACGAUUUUCAAGUUCCAUGGAUUUCGAUUCGAUUACCCAAACCCAAAUGAAAUUAGCACCCCUAGACCCUAGCUAAGCUUCAUCUCAUAAGCACAUUGUAGGAUAUUAUUAUUGGUGGUGGUAGCUGCUGCACAUUAAUAUAUGUCUCGUUUGAAGCACUAUUUCUUAUGGUACUAUCCUCUGCACCAAGCCAAACAGCAGACCCUUGAUUAGUAGCACUGUUCUCUUAUUUUAGUAAUUAAUUAUAUCUUAUGCU